AAACAAGCAUAUUGCUCUUACAGUCCCCACGUUACAGGGCUAAUAAUACAAUGGCGUGGCAUUUAAAUAAUAAUGUUAAAAAGUCGCGCAGCGCCUCUAGGGACGUUUAAAGAGGUGUCGCCAGGAACUUGUAACAAUAUACCGGUGGUUGUAGCAGCUGGUGUAUAAACACCUGGCAUUUUCCAAUCCCAUUAUAGCCACGCUGCCGUGAGUUACUGGGCUCGCUGCCUCAUGGGUCCGCAACAUACAAUGCCACUUUAGGGUGACUAGGGGUUCAGAAGAGGCAGCGAGACUGGCUGAUGACUACUCCACUUGCCACAACGGUGACCACCGGCUAUUCGCUGUGAAGGUAAGCGGAAGAUUUUAAACACGCGCCGCACUUCCAAUCGUUGCGGUUAUUUUAGUUGUUUGCUGCGAAUGAAUGAUGUGCAGAUUGUCGGAGACUAAAAACGGCCGUCGUGAUUAACCGACUCUUGUGUUAAAAAAAGAUUGGGGUCGCCACAUUAUGGCAAUACUAUGUUUUAUAUUAGGCGUCACGGUGGCGAGAUGCUAACUGCCUCGUCUUGUAUACAGGAGGUUGUGGGUUUGAUCCCGACCCUGACGAUGCCUGUAUUUUUGAGGUUUGCAUGUACACUCCAUGGUUGAGUGGAUUCUUCUUCGGGUUUUCUGGUUUUUUUCUCCGCAAUUAGAAUCGACUCGCGUUGAGAGUGUUUGGGUGUUAAACAUUUCCACUUGAUACGCCACUUUAUUGAGCUAUAAUUUGCGGGCCAGGUUGCUUCUGAAAGCGAGCUAUAUAUCUCAGUGGGCCUUACCUGGUGAAAUAAAAACAAUUAGGUAUCGUUUCAUAGUUUAAUAUUGGCCGAUAUAAAAUGUGUGACGAUCGUAUGUUACCUUUUGCAAAAAAAUAUAUAUAAACCGCGAUGUAUUGAUCAUCGUUGCUCAUGAAAAAAGUGUGUUUUACUUCCUAACAAAAUAAUUACGAAGUGACAAAAGCACAGCAAUUACGGUUCUAGAUAAUCGCUCUCAUCUAUUAAUAUACAGUAGGUGCUUUUCAUACCGUUUUGUGGUGUACACUGAUGGCACACUAACGUGACAUGUGCUCAGAAUUUUUAGCAGUCUAUUUAAUUGAUUCCCAUUUAAUUAGCAGCGUGCGAGCUUUAAGCUUUACAGGUUGUAAAAUUGCAGUGAUUAAACGCCUUGUGGCAGGCUUAUGUUGGGUUACCUGCAGCAAAUGCUUUCUUCAAGUUAUCUGUAUUGAUUCUGGAAGCACAGUGAUGCACGACAAUAAAAUAAAGAGGAACACAAUUACGAAGUGAUGGGAAACUGAUGUCUUAAUAACCGUCUCAUCGUGAAAAUGUAUUAUUGCAUUUGUGAAAAAAUAUAUACGAAACUACCCAAAUAAUCACCAUACAUUCCAGCAAGUGUACUUAUUAUUCGUAAAUUUCCCAUGGUGAUGGCAAGUAAUUAGAUGACGAAGCGUUUGGCUACCCUCAGAGAGUCAUUGGAUACACUCGGGAGACGGACGUGGCAAAUGUGAUCGCAUUGUUAAAAAAAACAACAACCUCGACUUGGGCAGAACACACACCGCUCGCAAGGGCGACGUGGCAGAUGAGACUGGCGGUGGAGUGACAGCCAAAUGGAGAGAGAAUGUUGAGAGGUCACCACCGCGGAGAUGGAGCGACGAGGGGUCACAACAGUUAACGUGACAGGAGUGAGAAAGGAGCGUACGGCAUUGCGUGACCAUGAGCGAUUGAUUGCGAUGGCAUGGAAAGGCCUUCAUCCAGCAGUGGAUAGACAAUGGCCGAUGAUGAUAAUGAUGAUAUGAAGUAACGUAUUUUCAGACUGUACCGUCCCACCGGUUUUGUCCUUUACAUGAUUUUCAGCCAAUUGCAUCCAAUUAUGUUAAUGCCAAGUGUUGUGAAUGUGCUGCGCAUGAGGGUUUGUAUAUCAUUAGUUUAAAAUGCUCGUAUGCAUAUGAAUAUAAUGGCAACGGUGGAUAUUUCUGAGAGUCUCUGGGACCAAUUCACUGAGCCUGCACUACAGAGAGCCUGUGUGUGUGUGUUGUUUAUCAUCCCCUCUCUGCCUUCAUCAUCCAAAACUGGCCAGCAAGAAGAAGUAUGGUCAAAUAACACCUCAUGGCGUGGGGAAGCCUUCAUCCAAUAAUAGAUUAACAAAUGGCUGAAAAGCUUCGAGGCCCAUCGCUCGGUCGCAAAAAUGUUUUCCCUUGGCGCUCGGAGGCUUGCCAGCGACAGCUGCCCGCGGGCCUCCCUACCAUGCGUGCUGCUAGCGAUGGCCGCCCUGCUGACGACGGGCCGGUGCUGCCCGCCGCGCUGCGACUGCGACGUCCUCGAGAAGUCGGUGGUGUGCCACCGGCGGCGCCUCUCCGCCAUCCCCGAGGGCAUCCCGAGCGAGACGCGUGUCCUUGACCUGAGCAAGAACCGCCUCAAGUGCGUCGACACUGACGACUUCGCGGCCUUCCCCGAGCUCGAGGAACUGGAACUGAAUGAGAACGUCAUCGCCACUGUCGAGCCCGGGGCGUUCAACAACCUCCCGUACCUGCAGUCGCUCAGGCUCAGGAGCAACCGCCUGCGGCUGCUGCAGAUAGGCACCUUCGACGGGCUCACCAACCUGACUCACCUGGACAUCAGCGAGAACAAGAUCGUCAUCCUCCUGGACUAUGUCUUCCAGGACCUCGUCAGUCUGAGGAAGCUGGAGGUCGGCGACAACGACCUGGUGUACAUCUCGCACCAGGCCUUCAGCGGGCUGCAGAGCCUGGAGGAGCUGACGGUGGAGAAGUGCAACCUGACGGCCGUGCCCACCGAGGCCCUGACCCACCUGACCAGCCUGCUCAAGCUGAGGCUGCGCUACCUCAACAUUGCUACGCUGCAGGACUACUCCUUCAGGAAACUCUUCCAGCUGCAGAUGUUGGAAAUCGACAACUGGCCCAUGCUCGAGAGGCUCUCGAAAAACAGCCUCUACGGCCUCAAUGUGACGUCGCUCACCGUAACCAACACCAAUCUCUCGGCAGUGCCCAGCGACGCUCUGAGGCCACUGCAGUAUCUCCGAUUCCUCAACCUGUCCUACAAUCCUCUGGGCACGAUCAAGGCGGACGCCUUUGAGACGCUACGCCAUCUGAGGCACCUUUGCAUCGCCGAGGCUCAGCUCAGUAGCAUCGAUCCGUACGCCUUCCGGGGCCUAGCCGAGAUGAAGAUCGUCAACGUGUCGGGUAACAACCUGAUGACGUUGGAAGAGAAAGCAUUCCACUCCGUGGACGUUUUGGACGCUCUGUACAUCAACGAGAACCCGCUCGUGUGCGACUGCCGUCUGCUGUGGCUGACGAAGCGGCUCUACAUGCUGCGUUUUGACGACAGCCCGCCCGUCUGCUACACCGCCGACUACUUGCAGGACAUCGAGUUCGGCAGCGUCGCGUCCAACAAAUUCCUCCCGUACUUCGUCUGCAAGAAGCCCAGGAUUGUCGGCCCCAAGCAGCGCACCUACUCCGUCAAGGAGGGCCAGAUCGUGAAGCUGUCCUGCGCGGCUGAGGGUGACCCGGCGCCCCGGAAGAGCUGGGAGCUGCCACAGAGGAGGGCGGCGCCCGCGCCAACGAGGCGGAAUGGCCGCCUCAGCCUCCUGCCGGACGGCAGCCUCCAGAUCCGGCACGCGCAGCUGCAGGACGGCGGGCGGUACACGUGCGUUGCCAGCAACGUGGCGGGCAACGACAGCGCCACGGUUCACCUCCUGGUCGGCGGGUCGGGCCUGGGCUCGGGCAACGGGUCGCUGCUGGCGCACGCGGUGGCCGACAUGGCGGCGGGCAACGGGAGCGGCGGCGGCGGCGGCGGCGGCGGCGCGGGGGGAGCGACGGGCGGCCGCGGCGGGUUGGGCUUCCCGCUGGACCUCACCACGAUCCUCGUGGCCACGGCCAUGGGCUGCUUCACCUUCCUGGGGGUCGUGCUCUUCUGCCUGCUCAUCCUCUUCCUGUGGAGCAGGGGCAAGGGCAAGCACAAGACUAACGUGGAGAUCGAGUACGUUCCACCGCGCAAGCCUGACGAGUACAUGCUGGAUGCCACCCGGCCGCGCCGCUACAACAUGAAGAUGAUUUGACACAGGGGCGAGAUGCCCCCCCCCUCCCCCCAUGUCCAGAUCACUUGGACCAUGAACUCCCUCUCUCUAUCUCGCUAUCUACCGAUCUAUUGCUGACGCGGCGAUUACAGCGCCCUGUUUGAUUUCCGGCAAGUGCGGAUCGGUUUCCUGAAUCGCGUCCUGCUCUUUGCGAAGGCGGGAUGUGUGAAAGAACUCAAUUGUCGAGGGGAAUAGGAGGUCAGUUAACCAAAGGAUAUUUGAGCUGACCGGCUUAGUGGCAAACCCCAAGGUAAUUCAAGGUGAACCAAAAAAACGAAGCAAUGACAAAUAUCAAAGAAGAUAACCUGAACUGUGUGAAGUUGUUUCCGCUGUCGGCUCUGCGAUAGCUGUUAUCGCUGCAUUGGGCUCGCUCCCACCCCCGUGUGUACUCUCAAUGUGUUUUCAUCCCCUUUGACAUGUGGACGGUUUUUGAAAAAAAACUGCUUCUCAAUGUUGUCCCCCUAUCUCACAAAUGUGCGCUUGGCACAAAUCAAACUCGCUCGUUUGGACAGCACUGCGUUGUGCGUGCACGCAUCUAAGUUGACUGCAUCUUGAGGUGCAGGCACAUGGCGAGUUUGUUAAGUCGAUAUGGGGGCGGGGAUCUUUGUCUUUUGCAUCGCUCACUCCGAAUGCAAAAUUGAACGGCCCAUAAAACAGAGUUAAAUUGUUAUGGUCAGCUGCAAAAAGUAGCAUCAGCUCAGUCAAUGGAUAUUUACAGCAUUCAUUUCAUACUGCAGAUAGUUUCAACCGCAGCGGUGGUAUAGUGGACAGUGUACAGAGCUCGGAAUCCCUAAAACCAAUGUUUGAUUCCGAGCGGCAGCCAUGAUCAGUGGUAUGGGAUAUCAGAACGGGUCCUGCCCCUUCUCCCCUUCACCAACCCCGGACUGAGCAGAUUGGUGAAGUAUGGUAACAUAAAACUGCCAUACAUGGCAUGGGGAAGGCUUUUCAUAAAUUGGCAGAUUGCCAAUGCUGGGAAUGUUUUAAAUGUAUUUGUUGUUUCACGCAAUAGAAAAAAAAAUAUUCUAAGUAUUGGAGUACUACAAAGGUUUUCCCAUUCACUUUCUCUAUUCGAAUAAGUGCCAUUUAUUCAAAUAAAAGUUAUAUUGGAAAAAAGGAAAGGGAGGGAGAGAAAAGAGUUGCAUGCAUCCAUUCGCAAUUCUUGUUAGACCUGUGAAACGGAGGGAGAUGCAUAUGCCCUGCAUCGUCCUUCGAAUGCAUUUGGGGAACAGUUUCUUUGUUAAUGUUUCCAUUGCAAUGGAAACUGCAUGUCAAGGACUACAUCCAGUUAUAGGCGGUUCGGACACUACUGAUGAAUGCAACGCUUUUGAACCGCAAUUGCGCGGUGCUUCUGCCCAGCGGUAUCCCGUGUAUUGGUAACUGCGAGGCUCUCUACUAAUGUAUUUCGCUUCAAAUAAGCGGAGCUAUUUCUCGUGCCUCUUAUUGGAAAAAAAAGCAGUGAAUGAAAGGCAAAGAUAUAUUAUAUUAAACUUUUUUUCUUUUGAACUCACUCAAUAUUAAUAAUACAAAAAAGCAGUGCAGUUUCCUAUAGCACCAGAGUCGGGAAACUUAUAAGUAAAGUAACAUUUAUGAGCCUGACGGUAUACUAUGGAUUAUUGGAAGCUGAGAUGAGUCGGAGAACCUAAGCAUAUCGAGUGCAGUAAAUACUUUGGUUGAAGGCACACAGGGAAUCUAGGGUCGAAUACUUUAUUCAGGAAGUCGUGAUCAAGGCUCGAUUCAUGAGGGUGUUGAAAUAAACACAAGAAGUGAUUUAAUGCGUUUAAUUGAAUUUUUUUCUUACACUUAUCGUCAUCUGUUUCGGCGCAGGCUAAUAUUUCCUCGAUCACAAUUGAUAAUUUCACUUGCGUCGUCCCGCUUUUUAGGGCGAGUGUAUCAACUUAUUUGAUGAAAAAUGUGAACCGAGUGAGUACUAGAUACGACCAUCACUAUGACACACAAAAAAAAAUAACCACAAAUGACAAAACAUAGUCGAGUGUGUGAAGGUACAGCCCAGCAAUUGUUCGCUCACACCGCUGUCGGUGGUAGGGCCUCCACUUUAAAGCGGGGCCCUUUAGAAGGUAAUUGGCCUACUCCUCCACGCUGGCCAGACCAUCUUGGAUAGAGGUGGGAGUGCCCACACUUCACCCCACCACAAGAGGCCUGAGAACCCGUUUGUGCCGCUGGGUGCAGAGAGGUUUCGCCGUUGGACAUUUAAGAAACCUGCAUCGUUUCAACUGCCGCGCCGGAUGAUCGGAUCUACAAUCUCCGGAUCGUAGCUACAUUGUGCUAACCCAUGCACCCACGGCAGCACGCUCACUCAACUGGAUUAAUAAUGAAGGCCCCAAUGUACCUCUUAGUUGCCACUUCAUGUUAAUGACUGCCCGGUGUAUUUAUGGAAGAAAUCAAACAUAGAAGAAGAAGAAGAACAAGAAGAAAUAAUUAUUGUUUGUUCGACAAUACCAACAACAAUAUGCGACGGAAGGCACUUUGGAAUAAUUACUACAUCGCCCGUUAAUUUAUCUUCUGCAUGAAUUGCUGCAGUUUGUGCUUUAACUUUAAGCAUUCUGCCCGAAUACGGAACUCCCUGCGGGAAUGCUAAUGAUUUUGCCAACACAGUUGGGUGCAAGGAAGGACACUUAUUUUUUCGGUUGGGCACUCAUGAUUAUUCAACAAUUUCAAGGCGAGGCUGAGUAACAUUUGCAUACAUUUGGUUUGCAUGCGCAAUGUUACCAAAAGGUCAUAAUGGCCAAUGCGGAUGACGCCACGACACUACACCAUUAGCAGUAUCCCCUUCUGCUAGAUCUCUAUAGUUGUACCAAAGUUAGCACCUGUCCUGCAAGGUCUGCUCUUGCAGUCUUAUCAUUCAUAAUAAAUAAUCACCAACCACCACGAUCUGACUGUAGGUCUUCACCUUGUUCGAUAGUUAACACAUCAUUGACGGAGCACAGUCUCAUCAUCAUCACCAUCACCACCACCACCACCAUCUCGCAUUAGGUCUAACCAUUACUUGUCGACCUCUGGGUGCCACUUCGAUGCCUGGUUUGGUAACAUGCCCUCUUCCAUCCUGCAGACGUGUCCCACCCAUCGCUGAUGACAUCUACAAAACGUUCUUUGCUAUGUCCUGGUAUGAACCUCCGAGGCAUCGGUCACGCUAUUUUGUUUUGGAAUUCGUAGCAUCCUCUGCAUGCACCUAUAUUUAAAGGUUUGUACAUACUGAAUAUGUAUAUACAGCGACAUUUUGGAUAUGUGUUAAUGUGUGUGUGUAUGUCAAAUGUCUGUACAUUGUUGAUUAAGUAUAAAAAAAUCAUCUUGUUGAAACGAACAGAAGUACAGUACUUUACCAAUGUUUUUGUUUAUUUAGACAAUGUAAAAAUUGCGUUAGCUGAUACACUUUAAGGAGUUUAGUACGUACUGAAUGUGUAUAUGAAUAUAUAUAAACUAAACAUAUACGUGGAUUAAACAAAAUGCUAAAUCCUUUUUGGCAAUUGGGAUUACAGCUCUGUGUUCCCUGGCAAACACUUAAUAUGUAAAUGUUGGGCUUUUUCUUUUGAAAUCUGCGAGCAACCGUGUGCGAGUGACACUGCUCAGCGAGUUUAUUCCAUCACCGCUUGUGAUCCGUACCAUGUUUGUAAAGUCUGAAGUUGGGUAAAGACUUAAGGACAUUUCUGAAAAAAAUUUGACAGGGGAAAUUUAAGUCACUUCUUAUUAAACUUCGUAAGGGGUUCAGCAAGAGACGUCAAUUUGCAGCUAAUGCGCUUUAUAGCUUUGCUGAGGUCAAUAAUGCUACAAAUAUUACCCGACUGAAAUGUUUUUUUUUUUCGUCUUGGCAAAUUACACUGUCGGUGUUUACAUAUAUAGUUAAAUUUUCAACCCAAAUCUCAAUUUAAUUCUCAAAAGUAAUUUUCUAAUUAAUAUUUUACUUUCAAAUGGUUGCUGGCUUCAAAUAUUAAUGUCACCGCAAUUACAGAGGCCGGCGGUAAAGCAUGCGAUCUGCAUUGAAUGAUUGUCAGCUUAAAAAACAAACACACUUCGAAAAUAAAUGAUUAUCGUUCAAA